AUGGCGCUCAUCUCAGCAAGGACAAUCAUCACCUCGCUUUCCCUCUUCCAUGUCACCCUCGCCUUCUUUUUCCUCACGAACCCGGCGGCAAUCGCCGACCAGGCUCUGGUCUAUGUACUAGGCGAGGCCAUGGGCAUGCCCCAUGCACGAAGCUUCGAAAACAAAUCCCCUGCCCUCGCCUUCCUCGCCGCCGUCCUUGGGAUGUUGGGAUUCAGCGAUCUCGUCACCCUCAGCAUGCCCGAAGAAGUCUGGGUUGACUACCACUGGGGAACGCAGGCUCCUGCACGCCUGUUCAUGUCCCUCAUGCUCGUCAUCUACACCUUCGUCUUCGGCCCCUCCUCCCCGCUGUACGGCGGCUCUCGCGGCGGCCGUUUCGCCCACCCCUCGGCCCACGCGAAGAACCCGAACUACACUCCCUCUACCUGGGGUGGCGACGGCCUCAAGAAUCGCGUGUUCCUCACGUUUGCCUUCCUCGAGAUGGUAAGCUGGUUCUGGGUGUGGAUCACCCUUCGCGAAGAGCAGGAGGAGAUUGCGAAGCAGCGCAUCAAGAGACAGGAGAAACACCCAGGCGCGCAGUAG